UCGACGAUGUCUCAAGUGGCGAUUGUGAAGCUCUGUUAAAAGUUAUCGUGUGACAGAGACACUGAGAAACAACAGUGUUAAGUGCCAUAUUUACAUCACGGAGCAGUUGUGAUUUUAGUUUUAAAUUAUGCUGGGCUCGAAUGUUGUUGAUUUUUCAUUCAAUAAGCAUAUAAAUAUAUAUUUGAUAGCGUUCUUGGCAAUUAUCGGCGGCGGUCACCUUCAGAGAACAGAAUGCGAUUGGAGCUGUGACAAUGGCGACUGCUUGGAAAGUGAAUAUCUCUGUGAUGGUAUUAUCAAUUGUGCCGAUGGCUCGGAUGAAACUAUAGAAAACUGCUACACCAAUACAACAUGUCCGACUUUCGCAUUUCGUUGUGCCUAUGGCGCCUGCAUUACGGGUAAAACUCGUUGCAAUCAAAAACAGGACUGUGCAGAUAACUCGGACGAACUGCCAACCAUAUGUCAAAUGACAAGUAUCGAAUUGAACAACGCAAUACGCGGUCAAUGUGGUGAAUCGGAAAUGCAGUGUAAAAAUGGUGUAUGUAUAGAUAGUGAUAAGUUAUGUGAUGGCAUACGCGACUGCCCGGAGGGAGAAGACGAGACCUUGGAAAAAUGCGCACCAUUUACGUGCCAGUCCUUCGCCUAUAGAUGCGCCUACGGUGCCUGUAUUGAGGGUAAAGCCGCCUGUAAUGGCACCGUAGAGUGUCACGACGGUUCGGACGAAUCGUACGCUCUCUGUGGUGGAAUACGAAAGAAAGGUUCCGGCGUACGACCAACGCCGAAAGCAACGGAGAAGCCUACAACACAAACAGCUCUACAAAUUGGAAAUAAGUGCCAAAUCCCUGCCAAUCUUGCAAAUGCAAUAAUCACGAAUGUAUACUUGGGUACGAGUAUCGCCGUCGGUUCGAGUGUGCCAACAAAUGUGCUUGUUAAGUUUGCAUGUCAACCCGGCUACAGUUUAGACGGAGAAGACGUGUUGCUCUGCACAAACGGCGGUUGGCACAAACGGCUGCCAGUCUGCACCAAUCGCGAAUACUGCGAUGCAGCAAUGCUACAUGAGGAUAAAUCUACCGUGGCCACUUGCUUCUUCGACAGUGCGCCUGUCGUAUGUGAUAAAAUUAGACCAAACACUAUUGCGGAAAUCGAGUGUGCAACAGGAUAUGAGAAAAAAUAUUUCGCCCAAAAAACUACUUUACGCUGUACAAAUAAUUACAAUUGGAAUCACCCGAGAACACCAUGCGAAAUUCAAUGUGGACAUGUGCAACAACUUGGGUUGCCAUAUGCUCGCAAUGGCGUAGAGAUUAAAAUUGCUGAGGCUCCGUGGCAUGUGGGCAUUUAUGUCAACCUAAACGAAAGGGAUUUUCAGCGUAAUUGCGGCGGAUCCAUAGUUUCUAAACGCCUCGUCGUGACAGCCGCCCAUUGCGUCUAUGAUGAAGCCAAUGAAAAACAGUACGAAAAUUGGCGUUUCAAAGUGUCUCCAGCAAAGAUGGCAAAUCUUUAUGUUAGCGCUGAUGGUAUCAAUGUCACCAAAGUGUAUAUUCGAAAAGAUUAUAAAGGUUCCGGAGAUAAUUUUAACGGGGAUAUGGCGAUUAUUACCUUAGAGAAGCCGUUCACAUUCGAUCGUUCCGUGAAGCCGAUUUGCUUUCAACCUCGCAUUUUGGAAGCCGCCACCGUGCAGAAUGACCUCGAUGGCUUCAUAGUCGGAUGGGGUCCCACAGAGAGCAGUAACUAUGUCGACGUCUUUCAGAAAGUGGAAGUAACCACGGUGUCCUAUCACAGUUGCAUUGAGAGGUUAAGCAGCAAUGAUAAACAGUAUGAUUUGCCGGAUGAUAAGUUUUGUGUUGUGCGCAAAGGAACCUCAGGCGAUAUUUGUCGAGGCGACAGUGGUGGUGGUUUCGUCAGAUAUAUCCAAGGACGAUAUCAUUUGCUGGGGGUAGUAAGUCACGCCCCAUUAGGCAAAAGCAAUUGCGGCAGGGAUAGUCUUAUAGCGCUUACGAAUGUGCAACAUUAUCAAGAAAUAAAGCUUUCUAUAGAUGAUGAGCGGGAAUAAGUCUUAAAUUAAAACUUCCCGACAUGAAAAUAAGAGGUAUUGUUGCCCAUAAUAGGAAAUAUCUUUAGGAAAUAUAUUAUUGUUAAGAUUUUAAAUUUUUGUACUCAAACAAUAUUUUUACAAACAUACAUACAUGUGUGCAGAAAUUAUGCAUAAGUUUGUAUGUGUUUUUAAAUAAAUUUAAUAGAAGCUUUA